UGCAGUGUUCAUGCUAUCUGUUGUUGUCUCUGUAGGACCUGAGAGGUAUAGACUAGAACUAUGGUGCUCAUGCUACUAGUACCAAAAUAGCAGAUGACCAUUUCUAUUUCAUCUGUUGCCCACUUGACACCGAACAGUCGCUCAGAUAUUUGCACUUGCUAACUAUUUCCUGUGUUACAACUCUGGCCUUGCCGGCAACUAUUUCGGUAGGGUGUGUUCAGUUCUACUCUUUCAGUGCUUAUUUGAAAAUGGAUUUUUACUAUAAGAUUCAAUGCUCAAGCGAAGAGCAUUUUGAUAGUGUUUUUGUUUGGAGUAACAGAAAAGUACGUCUUCACUAGGUGGAUUGGGAGAAAUUUACUGUAAGGAUUUGUGAGGAUCAUGUUACCAUUUUUCUCUUAUGGAUUUGUCAAAGGAUGAAAUACGUAACCUCAAAAAAAGGAAAAUCACAAUGUAAUGGGCAAUAUGUGGUGAUGACUGCAAGAAAUGUCACACCAGGUAAUUCAGCAUCAGAUUGAAGGAACUGGGCACAAGCAUUCAUCAUGAGCAACCAGGAGAAGCGGCAUACAAGCCACAAAACAAGCAUGCAGCACCUCCGUUAUCUUGAUAGCUUUAUGGAUGAAAUAGAUCGGGAGGUAAUGAGUCUGACAGAUCGCUCUUUCAAGAGUCUAUGUAUUGGAGAUGAAGCAAUCUAUAAUGACUCGGAGUUCUCUCCUUCUCCAGUCAGCUGCCACAAGCCACUGGUGGAGGAGGUCUCAAAAAAGACCCAAGAGAGCUUGUUUUCUUCUGUUAAGAAACUUAAUUCUUACCCCCUUAAUGGCAUGAAUGAUGCAUUGAGUAGAUCAAAUCAGUCUUUCAAAGACUUGUCACUUUUUGCAGUGUUUGAGGCCAAGAAGAACGGUGAAGAUACUAAGAUGACAAAUGGUGAUUCAUGGGACAAAUCUGCUCUACUCAGCAUCCAAAAGGAGCUCUCAGAGUUUUCUGCAGAUCAUCAUAGUUUGGCAGCGGAACAUCUUUCCACGGUCGAGAAUCACCUCAAAUCAGCUGAAAAAGGGUCUGCCAAAAAAUCAAACAAGGAUGCAUCGAUACCCUCAGAAAAAUCCUCUAAAAGUAAACAUAGCAAAAACAACAAACUGAGAAAACUGAAAUCCAAAAACUUUUUCCUUCACAGUGAAUUCAGCCCAUUCCUGUCAUGGGGGGAUUUUAAUAAAUUCUCAAUUGGGCAGGAGAACAUUUCAGAGAUUAUGCUAAGCAAUAGGUCACCAGAAUGGUAUGAUUCGCCUUUUUACAAAGAAUUAGCUGCAGCACAUGGACACUAUAAAUUAAGUUUCCCCAGGUCAGUGGGAAACAUUUUUGAAAAGUGCCCCAAACAAAUAGAGACUCAUCAAUCUAAGCCACAACUUGAGUCUGUGCAAUCCACUCCACCCAGUGUACCCCCAAAACCAAAGAUAGAGACAGAGCACAUUAUACAGUACAAUAUUCCAAGUAAGGCUUCUCUGCUUGCUGCUGAACAGAGAUGUAAUUCAGAAAAGGGGGAGACUUGUGUCCCCUGGCGAAAAAACAGAAGCAGAGCAAAGAGUGCUCUUCCUGUGGGGCAUUCUCUCAUUAACCUACCAGUUUGCAAGAGGUCAAAUCCUGAAGAGGGAAGUGCACCACCAUUUAAAAAAGAGGUGCAGACAAUAGAGGACCAGACCUCCACUACUUCAACUCCUUUCAGUAUUUCACAGCUUUUGACACCAGUUAUACCUUCCAGACAUGGGACAGGGACCUCAGAGAUACUGCAAGCUGUGCUCUCUCCAACUGCCCUAGAAUUUCCACAACUCCCUGAGAGAGAGAUGUAUCCAUUACCUGAGAUUAAGCGAGAGGGGUACAAAUCCAUUGCAUCAAACUUGUUGUUCAAUCUCAAGGACAAUAGAAAACGGGUUAAGACAAUGUAUAGCCCGCCCAAGUUUAAAGGUUUGGAUACAAUAGGUCAAAGCAAAGAGUCUCCCCUGCCCAAGGUGUUAGUUUCAAAAGAUUUACAUGAAAUUCCAGAUAUUUCAGAAGAUAAAACUAUAUCACCUGCUUGCCAAAAAGCCAUCAUCUCUCCAAUGAGUACCCUUUUGGAAUUUACAGACGCUCAAAUUUGUUUUCCUCAAGGAAUUGCAAAUGGAAGUAUGCCAGAUGACUAUUUGGCAUUAAGUCUGCUUCAAUCUGGAAGUCCCUUCAAAUCAAACAGGAGCCCUGCAGCUAACAAGGCAGUAUACCCAUCACUACAGUUGUAUCCAAAAGCUAGUCCUGAGGAAAUUAACAUCAGAGCAAAUGCUCAAACUGUGGUUGACACCAGCUCUUGUAUUUUCACAGAUAAAGAUGAAGAGCACAGCAAACAUCAUAAUACAGAGAGUAAUAAUCCAAGUAAACUAUUUAAAGGUGUCAUUAAAGAGCUGCCAAGCAAAAUGAAUCCCCUAGAGUCAGUGAUGGAUACUGAAAACCCCACAGUAAGUUUAUAUAGAGAAAGUGUUCUUGAGAACAAGUCUGGAAUAAGCCCAAAAGUAAAAGAAACGGAUGAACAAGCCAUUUAUGAUGGAAGUCAAACCAAAGAUAAGUUAAAAAAUAAAGAAGUCAGCAAACAGAAAAGCCCUGUAAAAGAAAAGGAACCCAACAGAAAGGAGGCAGGAGCAAAGCACGUGUUUUCUGCAAGACAGAACAAUUACAUUAAAAGUCAGAGAUUUGUAAGUACAGACAUUGACGAUAAUGAUGGUGACUUUAGUGCAAACAAAGUGUUGUUGGCUAUAAAUGAUAAAAAUUAUAAUGAUGAGUGGUGCAGGCAUUCCAAAAAUCCAAAAACAGAAGAGAUAAAACAAGAGGAGCAUAAUACAGGCAUUCAUAAAGAUAAAGUACUUGUUCAAACCAAAGUGGGUGGACCACUAUUAAAUGAAAGUGUUAAUGUCAGAGCUGAGGCUACUACAAAUAAAGACCAGAACAGUAUCAUAUCAAAGAGUGUUUUAGAAACUCAAAGUGAGCAACAAGUAAAGAAUGAGGCUUUCUCCAUGAAGGGAAACAUUUCUGCAAAAAGAGCACUAUUUGCAUCAAUGGAACAGGUGCCAAAUAAGACAACUGUACCCUUAAAGAAAGAUAACUUAAUCAUAGAUAAAUUUAACCUGGCCAAAGUAGCUUUAGAGGAAGUAAUUGCUGAAAGAGAACAAAAGAAAUUGAAAGGUAAGGGUCAAAUCUCAAUCGCAGGAGGUUCAAUCAAUGAUAGGAAUAGAGUUGGCUAUGAAAAAGAACAAGAUGGUCAUGAGUUACCCAUCAAUGGAGAGGACCAACAGACAAGUAUGAACAUGAUGAGUGACAAGGAGAAAAACACAAAAGAUGGCAAUGGUCUAAAAAGUGUAUCUGCUUUUAAAACAAGUGGCAAAACUGUUGGAAUGAUGUCAGAGGAGGUGGCCAAACAUGGUGUAAGUUCAUUGUACAUAGGGGAACAAGAAAGGAACACAGAUAAUGCUAGCAAGGGUGAUAAAGUACUUGGAAUCCAAGAGAAAGUGUUGAUGAAUAAAAAUAUAAGUCAUGCAAAUGAGCAUACAAAAAGAGAUGAUCAUUUGGAAAGUGGAGAUAUUCACAGUUUGGGACAGUAUAAGGAAGAAUUAGGUGUUAAGAAAAAGGGAAAUUUCUAUAAACCCAAGGUACCCCCAAGAAGGGGGAUAAGUGAUUGUCCGAGUGAUGAUAGAGUAGUUAAAAAGACAGAAGGCAAUAAAGACUUAAAAAGACAAGGUAACACAUCAGUCAAAACUGAGGAAAUGGUAUGUAAGGAGGUCAGCAAAGCUCAGCCAAGUCAAUCAAGGAAUCAAGGCCCAGUGAGAGGAAACGUAUCAGCCCUGAAAAAGAAAUAUGACAAAGAAAGUGGGGUGCACCGCAAAGAUGUUCAUAAAUGUCUGCCUGUAGAAGGUUCAGAAAAGUCGGAAGAAGGACCCAAUGAACUGGCUGCAAAAGACAAAAUAAAACAUAAAACUGUUAUACCAAAACUCACAGUCAGUUGUCCUGAAAGUGAAACUUAUUCUAUUAUCGAAAAAGACAUGGAUUCAGAGAAUGAAAGAAUGUCUGACAGCCCUUCCAAAGUAUCAGAGAAAGGUCAGGAACAAUCUGAUUCAGAAAGGAAACAUGAUGACACCCAAGACUUUCAAAAGGUUAUAAGUGACCUCACAAACAACAAGCAAGAAAUACAAGAUAACAAGGUAAAUGGAACACAGGACAAGGAAGAGGGAUUUGUAAGUCUGAAAGAGUCAGGAGACAAUCAGAACAAAUCUAAAGGUCAUUGCAAAAGCUAUGUUAAAGAAUUUUUAAAUGUACUUCUUGGACUUUCAAGCUCAGAAAGGGUCAAAAGUGUGGGGGAAGAUGAGGAACAACUUACUGAGGGGACAACUUUGUCCUUUGAGUUUAUCAAAGCAGAGACAGGCACAAAGGACAGUAUUACAGAACAUGACAUCCUUGGACAAUCGCAAUCCUUUUCUACAUCAAAUGGUAAACAAACACAUCACAGCAGUCUAUCCUCAAAUGAACUCUCCCUGUUGCACAAAUCAGAACAGGGGUCACAGUCAAAUCUAGAAGAUUUCUCAAGUAAAACAGAGGUUUGUGAUGUGAAGGAAAAAGUAGAUGGAAAAUCUGAGGAUUUCCAGAGGCCAAAAAUGGAUUCCUGUUAUUUUAGCAAUCAUGAAAGUGAGUCAGAUGUCUCUGACAGAGUUGUUUCUCCACCAAGUGAUGUGGAGAAAAGGGGAUGGGUACACUGCUUGAUUGAGUCUGCUAAGAACCUCACACAAAUAUCGCACAGUCACAACUCACCCAAGGAUCUACACAAGAUGGGUCAACAAUUAUCUCAAAAAGAUCUGGACAUCUUCAAGGACUGUAUGCAUUCUCCAGGUAACACAGCGGUCAGGAGCCCCCAGCCAUUCCAACCAACAAUGCAUCUCUUGUCCCCUCCAGCAUCUCAACUCACUGCAGUCAAGGAUGGAAAGCUUUCAGUUGGACGUAUCUCUGUGUCUGAGGAGGAGGAACGAGGCUCUGCUGUGAGCACUUUAUUUGAGGAGAUGGACAGCUGUGCAACAAGCGCUGGAGAUACAGUGGAGGAGAACAUCUCUAGCACUGCACCGGCAGAGGAUGCAGAGGGUUCCAAGGCACCCAGUGAGAGAUCUGGUUCAGUCUGCAGUGGAAACGACAGUCAUGGCCAGAACAAGCCACCUGUAGUCCCUCCAAAAACCGAGAAGGCUCUACGGCGUGCCAUGAAGCUUGCCACACGGAGGAUCCAAAAAGCUGAAGCUAACAGCAAAUCUGAAUGUAAAGGCAGGAGCACCGACAAAAGUGGCAGCCAGAAAGCUGAGAGGAGGCGCCACAGCACUGACAAAGUACAUAGUGACAGAUUAGAACACUGGUCACUAAGCAGUGACCGACUCAGCAGUAAACAUAGUGAACAUUACCUUGAUGAAACACUUAAGUCCAAAACUCAAAGCAGCGAUAAAAAUGCUAGACAUCACAGUGGUCACAAGAGCCAAAACACGGAAGCGAAUGAUCCCAGUAAAACAUUACAACAUGCAACCAAAAGCAAAGAUAGACAAACAAGCAAAACUGGUGAUACAAAGAGCCAUAGCACUGAGAAACGACAAGAUCACAAAUCAAACUAUAUGGAUCAUUUUGACAACAGCAAAACAAAUACCGACACUGACAGAUUAGGUCGAAGCAAUGAGAAACAAUCACCCAGAAAACUGGAACGUAGGACUCAAAGUUUGGAUAGAUUUUUAAGGGAUAAACUUGAAAACAAGCCUAAAAGCACUGACAAAGCUGGGGAUGAAGUUAAUUCUGAGUUAUCAGUGGAAGCAUUGCAUCUCUCUACUCCAAAGGCGCUACCUUUGCGACAAAACAGCACUGAACAUUCUUAUGCACCAGCCACAACCAAUAUUGUAACACAGUCCUUCCCAUUCACCCAGAGGAAGCUAUUACAGGACCCUAACUCAGGACAAUUCUUUCUGGUGGACAUGCCAGUACAGGUCAAAACUAAAACUUUCUUUGACCCGGAAACAAAAAGUUAUGUGCAACUGCGAGUACAGUCUCCUGAGGCUGCUGUAAAACAAGCCCAGCCAUUGGAUGUUAUGAACACACCACCACUUGUGCUAUAUCAUGGCUUUGUUCCAGUGCCUGUCUCAUCCUUACCAUCACAGAAACCUAUUGUUAGGACUGCAGGAUCUAUCAUUCCCCCUGAUGACCUGGAGGAUAUUACACCUAACAAGAAACAAAUGCAGGAUGACUUUUAUCAGAAGCACUGUAAAGAGAUCACAUCCACCUAAACCAGUAACAAUGCUACUCUGGCGCCGCCAAGUGGUUAAGGUAGAGUUCUGAAAGUGAAGUGCUCAUUUGCUAAAACUGCUGUAGAGUCGGGUUGAAACUAAGAAUGAGUCAGGACAGGGCUGUCAUCUGGGGAUGUGGGGACAACCAGCACCUGUGAUGAGGGGGGCCACUUACUGUAGGUCCUCCAGAAAACAUUGGGCUGUACAUUUUACUGAGUUUAUGUAUUUUUUAGCUUUAAUAUUUUGAGUGGUGGUGCUUUAAAGGGGAUGAAUUUGGAGGUUAAAGGGUUUUAGCAUACUGACAGUGUGCUAACAGUAACUGUUAGACAGUCUGCACGCUAAAAGCCUGUCUAGUUUCUAUAUUCAUCCUGUUUAAAACAUCAUUGCUAUAGCCAAGAAAACCACUUUUGUAUCAAACCCACUGCCUUCAUCAAUACAUUUCAAGACAUUGUGAGACUAUUUUUAUUUUUUUAUUUUAGUCUAUGCACACGUGUCAAAUGGACAUCUUUGAUCUUUUGCAUCUUGCCUCUCACACUGUUAAAUGUGAAAUAUUUAUAAAAAUGGGUUUAUACGAUUAAUUGUGAUUUGAUUAAUCAAUGAAUUGUAUCAUGUAGAUUAAUUUGAUUUAAAAUUUUAAUUAAGGCUGUCGAUUUUACACAUUAAUUCAGUGCGAUAAAUUAGAUAGAAAAAAUAACAUGCUAUUUUUACACUGUGUAUACCAUAAUAACACCGGACCAUAAUAAGGAAUUUUUCUACCAUAGGAGCAAUUCAAGCUUGAAGCAGGCCUACCACCUUCUUGUUUUUAUGAGUCUUAGUCAGCAGGGGGCAAUAGGCACGACUCCUGCUGUACAGAACACGCUUCUGUACAAGCAACAAACCACACUGACAACAGACAGCACAAGAUGAGAACACUUUCUUGCGCUCAAACACAGCUGGACAGAGUGCAACUUCGGAUGCAAGGGGGCUUGAGAUGUGUUUUUCUAAGUUUCCAUCUAGUGAAAACAAAACGCUGUGUUUAUUACGCCACAACCUAAGU